UCGUCGGGUGUAAAUGAAACUGAUACGAUAUCACUUCCGGAUUGUUUCCCAUUCAUUUUGUACGGUGAACUCAACCAGUGGCGUUUAGUUCCACGUCGCGAGCCAACUCAAGCAUAGCAGCGGCAUUGAUACCCGCGCGGCGCCGUAACUCCCCGGGACCGGUACGGUGGGAAGAUCUCGCAUCCGUACUGUUCGAAGCCAUAUAUCCGACUGGAUUAACGUUCAUCAUGAUGGCUUCAUUUCAGCGGCAGAGUUCCGCUAUUUCAAACGCUUCAUGUUCAUCUGUCAGAGAAAAUUCUGUGAAUGUGUCGAUAGCAGCACUCAGGCAUCUUAUAAUAAACAAUAUUGAAUAUUUUCAGAAGCUUCGAAGCGCUACAGGGGAGCGAUUUUACACCCUGUUUUGUGUGCUUGAACAAGAAACUGAUGCAAUGCGACCGACCGUGGAAGCGCUUGAAAGAAUAGCACACAAUUUCGAUUUUGACCCCAAGGUACCGGGGAAAUGGAUACCGCAGUUUAGUGCAAGUUGUAGAUGCCUGUGUUGAUAAACUUCUAAAAGUUGUGGAUAGUAUAUCACGAACUCGUGAAAGUCUUUUAUUUCGAAGCAAUUUCCACAUCAAGGAGUUGGAGUCGUACGGGAAGGUGCUGGGUCAGCUGCGGGUGAUCCUCGGGUACGCUCAGAAGCUGGUCGCCUACUCGGAGGCGGGCAAUUUGUUCCCAAGCAAUAAUGAACAAUUUCCAGAGAAUGUUAUGCUUGAGAUUCAAGCCUUGGAUCGAGAAUGUUUUUAUGGUAGAUGUCUCGGAUUUCAGUUUUGUGAUUCACUAUGGCAGCCUCUCCAAACUGUAGCAGUAGCCCUCGCGUCAUACGCCGAGGGUUACCAGAAAUAUGAGGGACCCUUCUCCAGGGUAGCAUCAUCGUUCUUCCACAGAAUGAGACCACGAAGAUCAAAAAGCGGCAGGUACCUGACGAAUCCCGAAGCCCGGGGGAAGCAGAUCCUUGACAUCACUAACAAAUCGGACAUCAGAUUCUGCAAAGCCUUCUGGUCCAUCACGGAAGGUGACGUCAUUGCGGAGAUGUGUAACCUGAUGGCGGGGUCGGUAGCAGUCAAUAAAUUAAUCCAGAUUCAGCCUCAUAACUUUGAGAUGGAACGCAGCGAUGGGGAGGGCGAGACGGCAACAAUUACCCCACCCUGCGCCCAUACGGGACCAGCACCGGUUCAGAUUAGAUUACUAUGCUUUGUAGAGAGAGAGGGACAGGGUUGGUUGAAUGAAGCCGAAGAGAUGGCAUUCCAGCAGAUGGGGAAGAACUCCAAGAAAACAAAACAGAAAAUAGAGAAGCCGCCCAGUCCAAUGUCAAAGGGUCUUCUAAUUCACAUACAUGGAGGUGGCUUCGUAGCACAUACUUCAAAAUCACACGAGAUUUACCUAAGGUCAUGGGCCAAGGAUUUGGGUGUACCUAUCGUCUCCAUAGACUACUCAUUAGCUCCAGAACAACCCUUCCCUAGAGCUUUUGAAGAGUGCUUCUUUGCCUACGCAUGGGCGGUCAAGAACGCACCCUAUCUAGGAUCCACAGGAGAGCAUAUCUGUCUAGCCGGAGACAGUUCUGGAGGUAACCUUUGUACAGCCGUAGCCAUGAGAGCAGCAUCCUACGGCAUCCAGGUCCCUGACGGAAUCGUCACCAUGUAUACACCUUUUGUUGUUCAUCACUCCCCUUCCCCUUCUAGACUACUGUGCCUUUUUGAUCCGCUCUUGCCGUUUGGAGUCUUGAUGCGAUGUCUCUCCGCCUACGUCGGUCUUAAGGAGGAGUUCAUGUCAGAUGAGAAGGUGUCGUCCGUGGUUGACACUGCCAAUGAUCGCAUCCUCGGUUCUCCUAAGAGGUCUUCCAUCAAGUCAGAAGAAGGUUCACCUGUUGAUGGAGAGAUUGAGAAGAAACUAGAAGAGGAGGAGGAGGAAGAGGAGAAUGGUAACAGUACUAAAGUGACCACACCAACGUCCAAGGAAGGCAUUAACGGUGAUAUCAUCGUUCCACCACCAACAGACACUGUCUCUUCGUUCAUGGAGGAAGUCCCUCCAACAGACAUUGAGAAGUUAGAGCAAGUCAGUGAUGCCAUUGACAACGCGACGAUAGGUCAAGGUGACGGACAAACGGAAACCAAUGGUGACCAGUCCAGCACCGAAGCCAUCGCAAUUUUUGACCCGUCUCAUCCUCCAAACUCGGAGGAUCUUUCAAUCAGUCUUCCAGCGGACGUCGAUGCCAUCUCCUUGGACUCCAAACCUGAAGCAGACCGCGAGUCAGAGGACACCGUGCCGUUAUCACCAAAGAGCAGAGAAGAUCUUCACCUUGAUUUGAAGCAGGAAGGACUAGCAACGGAUGAAGAAGUCCAGACUCCUACAUCCUUUGUGAAUUCACCCAUCAGGGUUUUCAGGGAUGCACCUAUCAUGAGGAAUCCUUACGUCUCGCCUCUCUUCUCAGAUGAAGAGCUUCUCAAGGGCCUUCCUCCUGUUCAUAUUAUUGGCUGUGCUUUAGACCCAUUAUUGGAUGACUCAAUCAGCUUUGCCAGGAAGCUUCGUGGUAUGGGUAAGCCUGUCUUCUUGGAGAUAGUCGAUCACCUUCCCCAUGGCUUUCUAAACUUCUCAACGGUCGGCAAGGAGUGUAAAGAGGCGUCCAUGGUGUGUGUACGCCACAUUAUGCACGUACUGUAUGGUUUCCAUGACGAUGAGUUUGAAACGCUAGCAGAAUGAGCUGAAUCCAACCCAGCGAUAAACUGUCAUCUAGUCAUUUUAAGAUGUUUAUUCAUGUUGUGUCAAUCUGUCAACUACUGAAAACUCUUUAUGUCCGUAGGCUUGAUAUAUGGGCCACUGGGCUUGAGACUGUUCAAAGUGUGGCGUUAUUAUCAGGUAUAUGUAAAGAAACUGACAAAACCUUGCUUAUGAUAUCCAAAGUGUUGAACUACCAACGUAGAAAUGCUCAAAUGGGGCCAUGUAUUCUAAUCGCAUAUAAAGUGAACAGAGUCACCCAUCUUUCUUUGCUUAUUAUUCAUUGAUUCCUAGAAAUACAAUUAAGUCAUUUAAUGGACUGAUAAGAGAUUUAAACUUAGCUCUACUUGAUUUAAUUCACAGUGAGCUUAGCUAUGUAAAAUGGACGAAAUUUGCUGUUUUGUAUCCAUUUCAUGUACUAAAUCCCUAUGGAGAUAUCUUAAUGGGCAAAACUCACUGUUGUUUUUCAGUAGGGCUACAAAGCAAGUUGCUCAAUGUGAUCCAUGCCUAUCUUUAAGAGUCUCAGAGAUUUCUACAUUGAUGGGUUAAAUACUUGAAAGUUAGUCAACAUAUCCCAGAGUUUGCCAAGCUUUCCUCCUCAUUUGACAUAAAAAUGCACAUCCGAUAAUGUACGGUUGUUUAACCUUCAAACAUGAAAGUCAAAUAGUGUUAGUAAAAUCAAGGAGGACGUUCACGAACUCUUUAAGAUUGACUGAAAUUGCUGUAACUGUGGGAGGCCAAUGUUUCCUGUCUAUGGAAGGCCAAAGUCUAUUUGCAGGCCAAUGUUUGCUGUCACCAUUUUUCACUUACGAUAUUUGGAUAUCAUAGUCACAAAUCCAGAUAUUUAUAUUUUUUGUAUUUUUCAAAGAGAAUAAAAAGAAAGAGGAUGAAGGAGAAGAGAUAAAAUGGAAGAAGGGGUGAAAAUAGAGGAGAAGAGAAGAGAGAAGAGAAGUUAGAAAACACACAGAAAGAGAGAGAGAAAAAGAAAAACACCGGUUAGCCAAUCAUAACAAUGCUUGCAUUUGGUAUAUGAUGAGUGCAACCAACCAAUGGAAAUGGAGGUUUCAUUAGAGAUUGACUUUGUGUUUUGAUUUUAUAAAAUACUUCCCAUGCUUUUGGGGUUCUCUUCUAUACAGUAUACAAAGAAUUAUGUUGGAAUCUUGUAGUUUGAUAUGUUAGAUGAUUUACCAAGCUAUGAUUACUGAAAAAAGAAUUUGAUGAAGUGAUUGAAUGUCAAUUUAUUUCACAUUAACAGCUGCCUUCAUUAUUAUUUAAUCUCAAAUAAAGAUGAAUAUUUUAUAUAUUUAUGCAUGCAUGGAAAAUAUAUCAGAGUAGUACAAUCUCAUAAAAUGUCAUAAUAUAUUCAUACUUUUACAUGAUAUUUUCUGUAUAAUUUGGUCUGUGAUAUUGAAGGAGUUUAUUAAUUAUAUUUGGUUUUGUAAAUUUCAUUUUCAUUGAUAUUUAAAGAUGCAAUCAUCGUGUGUAUUCUGUUGUAAAUCUCUGGUGAUAAUUUGGAGCACGCUGCAAUCAUGUGUCUUGCAAAUGAUUAAAAUAAUCUCGCAGUCAUGCCGAUGAAAACGACUCCGGGGUCCCGUAACACAAAGGUUAGCGAUUAAUC